UGUCCUCCUGAGCUGGAAUUUCCUCUCGUCUUCGACCCGAGCCAAGCUUCACGUGUGCUCAUGUGUUUACCGGGCCAAAUCCACGUGUGCGAGUCCCCCGAGUCUCCGCCUCUGGAAUGGAAAGGAGGGUACCCGUCCACCGGAGCUCAUAAAAGUUUAGCAGGAGUCCGUGUCUGUAAGAAAUCUUAGGAGAAAGUGUCACGGAGAAGUAUUUUCCUGUGAAUCUGUUGGGUUACAUAGCAUCAGCCUCGUCCGUUUAUUUACAUCAGAGCUGCUGUGAAGACUGGAAAUCAGAAAAACAGUGAGAGAAGGUGGAUAACAGUCAGUUUUCCCCCAGCAAGUUUGAAAAAAGGAAGAUUUUUUGUCUUUGAAUUAAAAUUGUAGAGUGAUGGCUUCUCACAAGCGAAUCUUGGGGGUACUGAGAAAAAGACCAGCCCGGAGAAACCUGUUUGGGCCUGUGGACCGAGAGCAGCUACAGGUGGAGUACCAGGCCGCCAUGCGUAAUGACCUGGAGGAGGCUUCAAAGCGGUGGGGCUUUGACUUUAGCUUGGACAAGCCUCUGGAGAGCAGCGAUUUCCAAUGGGAGGGUGUCCCGAGCACUAGGGUGCCUCUGCUCUACAGGUCCUGUAUGCAGGGUCUCGGACAGGCUGAAGGCCACAGGUCAGCAGAGACAGUUACUCCCAAGAGAGGAAGGGUGGAGACGGCACAGAGCGAGAAGGAGAACAUCCCCGGUAUGCCGGAGAACUGCAUGCACGGCCGGGAGAUGCUGGAGAAAACACCGGAGAAGGGCGAGAACACCGGGCUGAAGAGGAAGCAGACGAACAUCACAGAUUUCUACCAGGCUAAAAGAAGAGUAGUGUGGAUGCCCCGCAAAUCCGGCGAGUGAUAUUCGGUGGAGAAACGCCAAUAUUCCAAGAGAACCACCCAGACAGGGCCACGCUCAGGAAUCACACGUCCCGCACAGACUCUGGCCGUGCACCCAGGAGGGACCUCAACCACACGUCAAUACAAAACAGUUAAUUAGGGUACUGCAGUCACUCUGAGGAGAUUGGUGUUUUUUUCCCUCAGUGGCAAGAAUGCGACAUUUGAGCAGAGAAGAUUAACAGUAAUCUCUGGAAUCAGUGGAUUUACACUCAUUUGGGGAGGGGGGGGGGGAUGCCAAAGUGUUGCCCGACUGCACAUUCAGCCGCACUGAAAGGACAGUCACAUCCGCUGGAGAUGUGUCCAUUAAAAUCAUCCAGUCUGAUCAUGUCUUUAAGGUGAGAAGACAAAGCUCUUUGGCUCCAUAGUUCAAAACCAUGAUUGUUUUUCUACAGCAUUUUUUCUACAUGUGUAUCACAAGGGCUUACCAGUCAUCUUCUUUUUUUUACUGUCUAAAGUAUGUUAUACUUUUUAUGUCCAGCUGUACACAGUGCUUUUAUCGACAAUCAUUUAAUCAAAGGAAGAUGCUUGAAGAGUUCUGACAUCUCAAACAUGCAGUUGCUUUGCUUAGAUUAUAAAAGACAGAAGUGCCAUCAUGUCCUCUUCCAUCCUUUUCCAUCUACUUUACAUCAGCUGAUUUUUGAUGUCCUUCGACAGCCCGGUCCAGACUCUGAUACUGAUAAUGUUGGCUAGGAACACUAAAACACUUUUAUUUAGUUAUAUAUGUAUAAGAGGUAUAUCUAUAAAGUUAAAUAUGGUAUUGUCAGGUAGCAUAAUCAUUUAAACUGCAGUGUUGCACAUAAACACCCAGUAUCAAGUGCCUUUACUGGCAUUUGUUUUUGGUAUUUAAAGCUCCUUCAUCAAAAGCAAAUGUAUUAUUUAGUAAGCUAAAAUGACACAUUUAUUAUUUUCUAUUCACCGUGCAAUCUAACUAAUGAUGUGUUUUGUUUUUGGUUUUUUUGCCUUAAUUUGUUCUUUUUUUCCCCCUCUUGGCACUUAUUUAUGUCUACAUUAGCAAAUUCUGCUGCUAUGGGUAAUAUGAAUGGGUGUCGAGCGACGUCGCUCUGACGCUAACCCUCACCAACAGAGAGCUUUGAAAUGCUCCGAAGCCGAGAAAAUAAGCGAAUGACCCCAAACAACGAUUGCACUUCUGUUUGUAGAUGCUUUCCUCUGUAUUGUGUUUUGUUCAAGGCUGCAAGUGAAAAUCUCUGUACUUAUUUAUUGUGAGAUACGAUGUCAUGUGUUAAUUUAGGUUUUGUUUAAUUAUUAUGAAAUCCAAUAAAAUGGUCAAAUGAA